AUGAUCCAGACCCGUUCGCCCCCUUCAGGCAGAGAAGAUCCCCAAACUUGCCAGAUCAGUGUUGUGCUCUCUUUCCUUCAAGAGAAGCUCGAUAGCAGGCUGCCGCCCUCCACUCUCAAGGUUUACGUUGCCACCAUCUCCGCUCUCCACGACGCGGUGGCUGGCGGCACCAGACCAUUCACAUGCACUCAGUGUGGGAAGAGUUUCAGCCAAUCAUCAUACCUUAAUGAACACAUGAUGAUCCACAUAGGAGAGAAACCAUUCACAUGUACUCAGUGUGGGAAGAGUUUCAGCAAAUCAUCAUCGCUUUAUAGACACAUGAAGAUCCACACCGGAGAAAAACCAUUCAUAUGCACUCUGUGUGGGAAGAGUUUCAGCCAAUUAUCAUCCCUUAAUCUACACAUGAGGAUCCACACUGGAGAGAAACCAUUCACAUGCACUCAGUGUGGGAAGAGUUUCAACCAAUCAUCAAACCUUUAUCUACACAUGAGGAUCCACACUGGAGAGAAACCAUUCACAUGCACUCAGUGUGGGAAGAGUUUCCGCCAAUCAUCAUCCCUUAAUCUACACAUGAGGAUCCACACUGGAGAGAAACCAUUCACUUGCACUCUGUGUGGGAAGAAUUUCAUCCACUCAUCACACCUUAAUCAACACAUGAUGAUUCACACUGGAGAGAAACCAUUCACAUGCACUCAGUGUGGGAAGAGUUUCAGGAUAUCAUCAUCGCUUUGUAGACACAUGAUGACCCACACGAUAGAAAAACCAUUCACAUGCACUCAGUGUGGGAAGAGUUUCAGCCAAUCAUCAUACCUUAAUAAACACAUGAGGAUCCACACUAGAGAGAAACCAUUCACUUGCACUCAGUGUGGGAAGAGUUUCAGCCAAUCAUCACACCUUAAUCUACACAUGAUGAUUCACACUGGAGAGAAACCAUUCACAUGCACUCAGUGUGGGAAGAGUUUCAUGAUAUCAUCAUCGCUUUGUAGACACAUGAUGACCCACACGAUAAAAAAAACAUUCACAUGCGCUCAGUGUGGGAAGAGUUUCAGCCAAUCAUCAUAUCUUAAUAAACACAUGAGGAUCCACACUGGAGAGAGUCCAUUCACAUGUUCUCAUUGUGGAAAGAGUUUCAGCCACUUAUCACAUUGUAAUAAACACAUAAAGAUCUCUCGGUGUGAGAGAGUAUGUGUGCUUUGAGCAGAGUUGAAACGGCACCAGAGGAUUCACACUGGAGAAAAAACGUACAAGUGUUCACAGUGCAGCAAAAGGUUUACUCACUCAGGAACCCUGAAAACACAUGAGAGGAUUCACACUGGAGAGAAACCGUAGACAUAAUCAGUGUCUUCAGUUUCACUCAUUCUGGGCAGCUUCAGAGACACAUGGGAUGGUUUCUGGUAUGGUGUCGACAGUGUAGCAGCCUAGAAAGAGCACUACCAUACACACAGGCAUUAAUCCCUCUUUUUACAUCAUAUAUGAUAACCUAAACCAUAUUUAUAUAACAUGGAGGGGGACAAAAACAAAAAGGCUAAGACAAAACAAACAUUGAAACCUGAAAAAAAAUGGAAAUCCACAGAUGAAAAAUCUGAGACAGACGGGAUAGCUGAUAGCCUGUCAGCUUGCAGUGCAGCAAUACAUACAGACAUCAAAACUUUCCGGAUGGAUAUAAAAUCCGAUUUAACCACCUUCCAAGAUUCUCUCACAAAAGACGUGAAAAUGGAACUAAGUAACUUUAAAUAAGAAGUCUAUCAAAAACUUUAUGGCCUCAUUACGGACCUUAACACAACGGCAGAAAAGGUCAACGAAGCGGAGCAGCGAGUUGGAGAAUUUAAGAAGAACGUUGCUGAGAUGAAAGAAAUGCUCAAAUCAUCCAAAUUCAAGAAAAUUUACAAGAGAAACUGUAAAAUCUAGAAACACUCUCCCGUAGCAAUAAUAUUCUGAUUUUUGGCAUCCCGGAAGGAAGCGAAGGGAAUAAUAUCCAAGACUUGAUGGAAACGAUUAUUAAAAUGGUGCUGUUACUUGAUGAAUUGGACCUUAAAAUCCAACAGUGUCACCGGGCACUCAGACCAAAACCACCUGCUGACGCACAGCCUAGAUCAGCAGUGGUAUUCUUCCUGGAAUACAAAACAAUGAACCUGGGGCCUCAUGUAUCAACACAAAAACCUAAAAUCUUUGCUUUACUAAUGAUGAAAUUAAUGUGGGAAUGUGUGCAGAUCCACCCAACUUCAUGCCUGGCGUAUGCACAUUUCUUGUGUGUGUUUGUUUUAUUUCCAUUGGUGACUCCUAGAGGCAGUUGUGCUAAAUUGCUCUCUACAAAGUGUCUUUGAGCCGUGCAAUGGCAGCUGUAUGAGACAGGUUCAUCUGCAUGUCUAGCAGGUAUAUAAGUGUAACAUAUAUGCUGGAGAUAAACAUUUCGUUCAACAUUC